GCCCACUCAGCCCACUCAAAUUUUUCAUCGUCUUCUUCGCGAGAACCUUCUGAUAAAAUUCUAAAGAACCCUAAUUUCUUCAGAUUUCUAAGAAAAUGAAGAUUGUUGGCGCUAAUAUCCAUUUCCAAAAGUUGGAAGCCAAGUGCUCCUCACCAACGUUCUAUCAAUCCUAUCUAGAGAUGAUUGCUGCUCAAGAGCUCUCCGAAUUCCUUCAUAUGGAGAUUCGAUUCAAGUAUGAGAACGAAGUUCUUGAAUUUUACAAGAAUGGAAAGGUCAAGACUGUCAAAUCGAAGAAGGACCCACAGAGGACGAUUCAAGUCAUCAAUUCCACUGUUGGAGGGACAAAAGUGAAGCUUUCGCAGAAGAAAGCUAAUCUGAACAACGACUACAAGCUAGUCCUUGAACUAGUCAUCACAUGCCUCGAGUGUGGAAGUGGAGGACAUGCUGAUGAGAUCACCCAAGAGAGGGCCUUCAUCAUCAAUGCCCUCAUUACCAAGUCUAAGGUAAAUUGGGCUGCACAUUUCUUCAAUUCCAUCUCAAAACAUCUGGGAAAACACAACCAGAAAUACCUUUGUCAAGGUCUGUACAUUGGACAUAUCUUGGAGUCCUUGGGUGCUACUUCUGAAGGAAAGAAGUAUGAAGCCAGAUAUUGGCUAUACUAUCUGUCUUCCAAAGGGGAAAAUAGAGCUGGUGCUAGCACAACUGCAGAGGAAAGUUCUUCAGACAAUGUCCUUAUCAUGAGUCUGAACAAGUCAGUAAAGAGGAAGCAAGUGGUGUCUCCCUCUCCCCGUGCUGAAGCACCACAGAAUCUUGCUCUGAUCAAUCUUGAAGAAGAAGAAGAAAUCUCUGCCCAAGGAGAACUACAAAGGAAAAAGAAGAGGAAAAUCACCUCUCCCUCAACAUCUGGAAAUGUCAACCCGGAUGAGUUGAAGGAGAAGGAACCAGUUGAGGAAAACUCAAGUUCAGAAUUCUCCAACUUCCUCACAACCUCAACAGAACAGUUGCUGAGUUGGGAUCAGCAAUUGAAGAAUGAGAAGAUCAUCAAGAAAUGCUUAGGUCUGCCAGUCAACUAUUGCUGUGAGCAAAUCCUGGAUGUUGACUGGGUAUGGCAAAGGAACUAUGAAGAUUUGCAUCUAGAACACUUGGUCACCUCACCAAUUUCAGAGUUUGAAGUGGAUGAUGAGGAUCAUGCAGUAUACAAACCAGUCCUCUCAAAAACCACAGAAGAUCAUGUGGUUCUCACUUCUGAAACACAGGCUAACUUGGAAGCAACAGCUGAGGAUUUCCAAAUAUUUCCGGAAACCUCACCUGUCUUUGAAACUGUUCCACCUGAAGCUGCAGUCUCUACUCCACAAAACCAGAACCAGGAAGGAUCAAAUGAAGAACUUCAGCAACAUCUCCCGUCUAAAGAUCUUGAGAUUCUCACAACUGCUUGUGAGAUCUCCAACCAGCCUGAAACGGAGAUCCCGGAAAAGUCAGCAGAAAUUCCGGAGCAGUCAACUUUUCCAGAAACAAAUGAAGAGGAGCAAGCUGUAGAAGCCGAGAGAAGUUCUGCAGAAGCUGAGAAGGAAACUCAAAUGGCAGAACUGGAGGCCUCCAAAUCUCUAGUAGCCAUUUUUGAAGAACAGAAUGAAGCUGAAGAAAAAAAUUCCCUCUCUAGGGAUUUAUCAAAUUUUAUACUUGGGGAAGCCGAAGAAGAAUCUGAAAGGACUCUGAAGAUCAAUGAUGAAGAAGAUGUGCAAGAUGAUGCGGAAUCUCUUCCUAUGCAACUUUUCCAAAGAACACCCUCUUCUCAUCAGGUAACCAACUUCCAUUUCCAUAGCUCUUCCAUUUCUACUCUUCCGGAUAAGGUACCGGAAACCUGGACAAAGAAGGUCCAAGGGUUGAUUGAAUCAGCCCUAGCAUCUCAACAUGCCUCCUUUAGGCAAGAGAUAGAGCUGAUGGAAGCCAGGUACAACAAACUGAUUGAGAAAUCCAAAGAGACACACUGCUCCAAUCUCAAGGAGAUAAGUAAAUCAGUGGAUAAGACUCUAGAGAUCAUUUCUCUAUUGAGUAACACUGUGAGCAACACGAUGAAGACAUAUGCAUCUGACAAGCUCCCUAUUGCAGUCAAAGAAGGAGAAGUCUCUUAUAUUCCUACGCAUCUAAACUUGACUGAUCUAGUCCUUGACGCUCAGAGAAGUAAUCCGGAAAACUCAACACAGCACCUAUCCAGCUCAGGAUUGGAUGGAACAGAGGCUGUAGGAACAAUUGCUGCUCACUUCUCAAAUGAAAAUCAAACAGAGGAGAGACGGAACAACAUAAGGCGCAUCAAAGAACUAUGUGGAAACAUGCAAGGCAUCAGGGAGAUUGCCGAAUCUUCAAAGCGCAAGAAGCACUGAAGGCUUUUUUUCAUCAAACCAGGGGGAAAGUAUGUGAAAACAUUAAUUUGCUUUGGUGAAAACACCUUCUUGUUUAAACAUUUCUUUAUUGGUUUAAACAUUGCCCUAAUAUUUCUCUUAAUUGUGCUCACUAUGCUUGAUUAUACCUAAUUCAAGUAUGGUUUUGAGAUUUAUUCCUAGCGCAUACAUUCAGGGGGA